AUGGAGUCACCAAAAGAACAGAGUCCAGCAAAAGAAGGGAGACACAUUAAGGAAGCUCAGAAGUUGCCAUCAAACCCAGAAGAAGUAGAAGAUCUAAGACGUGACACAGGAGCUAAUCCUCUUAUUGCUUUCACUUACGAUGAGCUUAGGAAUAUUACAGGGAAUUUCAGACAAGACAGAGUUCUUGGUGGUGGUGGAUUUGGAAGUGUUUACAAAGGUUUUAUCAAAGAAGAUUUAGGUGAUGAAGAAGUUCCUCAACCACUUCCUGUAGCCGUUAAAGUUCACGAUGGCGAUAAUAGCUGUCAGGGUCACAGAGAAUGGCUGGCAGAGGUGAUAUUCUUAGGGCAGCUUUCGCAUCCAAACUUAGUGAAAUUGAUCGGUUAUUGCUGCGAGGAUAAUCACCGGGUGCUUAUCUAUGAGUACAUGGCUCGUGGUAGCGUUGAGAAUAAUCUUUUCUCAAGAGUGUUGCUUCCUCUUUCAUGGGCAAUUAGAAUGAAGAUUGCUUUUGGAGCAGCCAAAGGACUUGCCUUUCUUCACGAAGCAAAGAAACCCGUCAUUUAUCGCGAUUUCAAAACCUCCAAUAUUCUUCUAGAUAUGGAAUACAAUGCCAAAUUAUCUGACUUCGGUCUUGCUAAAGACGGUCCUGUAGGAGAUAAUUCCCAUGUUUCGACUCGCAUAAUGGGAACUUAUGGCUAUGCAGCUCCUGAAUACAUCAUGACAGGCCAUUUGACACCGAGGAGUGAUGUGUAUAGCUUCGGUGUAGUCUUGUUAGAGCUUUUGACAGGAAGAAAAUCAUUAGACAAAUCACGCCCUACGCGUGAGCAAAACCUCAUAGAUUGGGCUCUUCCAUUGUUGAAGGAGAAGAAGAAAGUCUUGAACAUCGUAGACCCGAGAAUGAAUUGUGAAUACCCGAUUAAAGCGGUUCAAAAGGCUGCAAUGUUAGCUUACCAUUGCCUUAACCGGAAUCCAAAGGCUCGGCCUUUAAUGCGAGACAUUGUAGAUUCUUUGGAGCCACUUCAGGCCACCGAAGAAGAGGCCUUACUCGUCCCCACUGUUCAAAAAGCAGUUGUGACCAUUAUCGAUGAAAUGCCUAAGAAUGAGUUGAAGAAAGUUGAAGAAUUGAAGAAGGUUGAAGAGUUAAAGAAAGUUGAUGAGGUGAAGAAGGUUAUAGAUGAUGAUGAUAAUAAGUCACAAUGUAAUUGA